UCUGGACCACAAUUUUGUUCGGACACCGAAGUUCCAAUUCCCCGGAAUCGGUGUAAUCUACUGCAACUGCAACCAUACGGCAUACUACCGUAUACGACUGGCAAGACCAGCAAUGACCUUCGAGAUCGACCGAGACCACGGUCGCACCCACGCGUUGUUCAUUCUGGCCGUGGACAAGGCAUGCACAAGCACACCAUCGUCGUCUCGUGGAGAAAUGGGAAGCAGAUACAGGACCUGUCUAGCCUUCAUCUUGCUGCUCGCCGUCGUGCCGCGCCCGUCGGUGUCGGCGCAGCAGCACACGGUAGGCGCCGGCUCCUCUCUGUCCGUGGAAGACCGCGCACGGCCGUUCCUGACAUCCCCCGACGGCACUUUCUCGUGCGGCUUCCAGGAGGCCGGCGAGAACGCCUUCUCGUUCUCCAUCUGGUACACCGGCGCCGCGGAGAAGACCGCGGUCUGGACGGCGAACCCCGGCGCCCCCGUGAACGGCCGGGGCUCCAGGAUCUCGUUCCGCCGCGACGGUGGCCUUGCCCUCGACGACGCCAACGGGACCACGGUGUGGGAGAGCACGACGAGUGGCGGCGGCACCGCCGCCCUGACCAUCUCCCUCCUCGAGACCGGCAACCUCGUCAUCUCCGACCCGUCCACCACCGUGUGGCAGAGCUUCGACUGGCCGACGGACACGCUGCUCCCGUCGCAGCAGCUCACCAAGCGCACGAAGCUCGUCGCGGGCUACUUCAGCCUCUACUACGACAACGACAACGUGCUGCGGCUCCUGUACGACGGCCCCGAGAUCUCGAGCAUCUACUGGCCGACUCCGGGCAACGAUCCCUUCAAGAACGGCCGAACAACCUACAACAGCUCGAGGAUCGGCGUCCUCGACGACAACGGCGCGUUCGUGUCGAGCGACAACCUGGGAGUCAAUGCCUCCGACCUCGGCCCCGGCGUCAAGAGACGGCUCGCCAUCGAUCCGGACGGCAACGUGAGGAUCUACAGCCUGAACGCGUCGACCGGGGGCUGGACGGUGACAUGGGCGGCGCUGGCGCAGCCGUGCUCCGUGCACGGGCUGUGCGGCCCGAACGCGGUCUGCGAGUACCAGCCGAGCCUCAGGUGCUCGUGCGCGCCGGGGUACGAGAUGGUGGACCCACGGGACUGGCGGAAAGGCUGCAGGCCCAUGUUCAGCGUCACAAACUGCAGCCUGCAGCAGGCGUCGCCGGAGCAGCAGCCACGGUACAAGUUCGUCAAGAUGCCGCACACCGACUUCUACGGCUACGAUCUGUGGUACUACCAAUCCGUCACGUUCCAGUACUGCAAGAAGAUCUGCUCGGAGAACUGCCUGUGCUUCGGCUUCUCCUACAGGCUUCAAGGCCAAGGCGUCUGCUACCCGAAAAGCCUGCUGUUCAACGGCUUCACGUCUUCAGCGUUCCCCGGGAACAUCUUCAUCAAACUACCAAUGGAUUUCAACACCUCAUCGGCGUCUCCGGCCAGCGCACGGCGGAGCACCACAGGCAUAGCCUGCGAUCCUACCGUCCCCGUGAUCGUCAAAGAGUCACCAGGCACGCUCGGGAGACCCAGAAACGGCGCCGAGUGGCCGUACUUGUUUGCGUUCGCCGGAGUGCUGGGAGUUCUCGAUCUGAUCUUCAUCGCGACGGGGUGUUGGUUCCUCUCCAGCAAGCAGAGCAUACCCAGCUCGCUGGAGGCAGGCUACAGGAUGGUCACGGGGCAGUUCAGGAGGUUCACGUACCGGGAGCUCAAGGGCGCCACGGGGAACUUCAAGGAAGAGCUCGGCCGGGGCGGCUCCGGCGUCGUGUACCGCGGCGUGCUCGACGAAGGGAAGGUGGUGGCCGUGAAGAAGCUGACCAGCGUGGCGGGAGGCGACGAGGAGUUCUGGGCGGAGAUGACGGUGAUCGCGCGGAUCAACCACAUCAACCUCGUCAGGAUCUGGGGGUUCUGCUCCCAGAGCAGGCACAAGCUGCUGGUGUACGAGUACGUGGAGAACGAGUCCCUGGACAGGCACCUGUUCGACACGGAUCGGGCGGCCCUGCCGUGGCGCGCGCGGUACAGGAUCGCGCUGGGCACGGCCAGGGGCCUCGCCUACCUCCACCACGAGUGCCUGGAGUGGGUCAUCCACUGCGACGUGAAGCCGGAGAACAUUCUGCUCACCCGGGAGUUCGACGCCAAGAUCGCCGACUUCGGGCUGGCCAAGCUGUCCAAGAGGGACGGCGCCGGCGGCGGUUUCCAGCUGUCGCACAUGAGAGGGACGACGGGGUACAUGGCGCCGGAGUGGGCGCUGAACGUGCCCGUCGACGCCAAGGUCGACGUCUACAGCUACGGCAUCGUGCUGCUGGAGAUCGUGAUGGGGAGCCGGAUCUCCGACCAGACGACGGCGGGCGGGGAGCGGCUGGAGAUGUCGCAGAUCGCCCGGGCGCUGCGGCAGGUGGUGGCGAGUGGGGACAUUGUGCCUCUGGUGGAUGGUAGGCUGCAGGGAAACUUCAAUCCCCGGCAAGCCCUGGAAAUGGUGAGGAUUUCUUUAUCGUGCAUGGAGGAAAGGAGCAGCCGGCCGACCAUGGAUGACAUCGCCCAGGCUCUCACGGCGUGCGACGAUGAGGACGAGCACCCUGCGUACAGGUCAUGACUCGUGAUGAGUCCUCCCGAUAAAAUGUCACUUUGGAAAUUGUAAGGCCUGUCACUGCAAAAUCUCUUCAGGGUUACACUAGCUAACAACUAUUUACAAUCAUUAAGCCGCCAAAAUCGAAUUGGUUGAUGAUCUUUAGAGCGUACUUAAUCUUUUAAGAGUGUUUAGUCAUGCAAUUUCAGAGACUAUUUUAUCAAAAUAAUGAGAUGCAAAUCUCAAACGAAACUUUCUGUA